AAGAAGAAGACUGACUAUUGACGACGACGGCGAUGGCUAUGGAGAUUUCUCAUCGUUUCUUUCGAUCAUCCAUGGCCUUAAGCGUGGGAAAAUCUAGGAACGGCGUUUCUGGGAUUAGUCGUGUUGGAUUAUCUCCGGUUUCUGCCGUACAUGUACCCAGAAGGAUGUUUAUGCAGCUCGCUGGGUUUGGUUCGGUCUUUACGCUUCUGGAUUUUCCUGGUUUAGCGGCGCCGGUUCCUCAAAUUAAGGAACCUCAAGUUAUCAGGACGUUGAAGCUCCCGAGUGGUGUGAGGUUUCAAGAGAUAAUUGAAGGGGAAGGACGAGAAGCUCAUGAAGGGGACCUGGUCGAGCUAAACUAUGUGUGUCGACGCGCAAAUGGAUAUUUCGUUCAUAGCACGGUGGACCAAUUCAGUGGUGAAAGCUCUCCUGUCAAACUUAUUCUUGAUCAAAACGACGUAAUUGAGGGCUUGAAAGAAGUCUUGGUGGGCAUGAAAGCUGGAGGGAAGCGUAGAGCACUCAUUCCUCCAUCAGUAGGGUACAUAAACGAGACAUUGAAGCCAAUCCCCGAGGAGUUUGGACCACGACGCAGCCUUCUAUCGCACGCGAACGAGCCUCUGGUCUUUGAAAUCCAGCUCUUGAAAGUAUUAUGAUAUUUUUCUUCGGUCACUGUUAAUGAAAUAUUUUGGCUGAG